CCUGCAUGUACUAUCUGUGUGUGGGUCUGUCUGGUCAGUUGCGUGUGCGGCGCUUCUUGUUCUUGGGCUCGCUGCGAUUGGUGUUGUUGGGGCCCUGACCUCCACCUCCACCAACAGCAGCACCCUGACCAGCACCAGUGGCAGCAUUGGCAGCCGCCUCAUUAGCUACGGCCUGGCGAGUGCGGUAGACACGCUGCUGCGGCGGUGGUGGCGGCGGCUGCUGCUGGGGCUGGUCGCCCUCACCACCAGCACCAGCACCUCCCUGCUCGCCACGGCUACGUCCUCCUCGGCCACGGGGUCUCGGCCCGCGACGCAUGACACCACCCCUCGCUGCGGCAGGGGCAGCGUGUUUGGCAUUCACAUGCCCACCACCACUGCCCGCCUGACCCGCCCCCUCGUUCUGGCCCAGGCCCCCACCGGCCCCGGCACUGCUGUUGUUGUUGACAGUGUUGUUGCCCUCCUCGGGUGAGUCGUUCUUGGGUGGGGUGGGGCCGGCCUUGCCGCCGCGUGAGCGCUCGCGCGCGACGAGGUCGUAGCCAUCCGCCAGGGCUGUGGGGAUGUCUGAGGGAGGGCGUUUGCGGUAGUCCAUGGGCUCGAUGGUGCCCACGUGGGUCACCACCGACCCCCAGUGCGACACCGACCGUCGCUGGCGCACCAUGCCACGGCCGAAGGCCUCGGCCGCUGAUCGCUUGAGCAGCUGCCGCCAGCCGCCCGCCACGAGCUUCAUCUGGCCCUUUUGCGGUCGCUCGAAGUCUAGGAAGUUGAGGUGGCCGUCCUGGAUGUUGUUGAGGUUGGCUUGCGGGGGAUUGGCUCGGUGCAUGCGGAACCCCGAACGGGCGAGCGCCCAGGAGAGUUCGCGGAGGUACGAGGUGGGCACGAUGCGGCGACGGGCGGAAACGGCGAUGUGGAUCUCUGAUGACACACACAAGACACACACAAGAAACACACGACGCAACACAGCAGAUGAGAGGGGCGAAGUGCACGGCUGAUGCAUGACACGUUCGUUGGCUGACUUACUCUUGAGUUUGGGCAGGAAAUUGAGCAUGUUCUCGAAUGUGGCGGCCGAGCAGUGGUAGGGCCAGAGGACGGGCACGCCCCCAGUGGUCCCCUUGGCCUCCACCUGGAGCUUGAUGGUCUCGAGUGGCGGCCGCUGGCGGAUGAGCAGCUUGGCGAGCUGCUCGGUGAGCACGUCCACCUCGAGUGAGUCGACGGCCGAGUCGUGCAUGGACGGGGAGAGGUAGGUGUAGGCCGUGCUGCUGUUGCGGCUCCGGAUGAGGUCGCCCAUGGUGGUGUCGGGGGUCGUCUUCUUGCGGGCCUCCCUCUCAGUCUGGCGCUUGACCUGCAGCAUCUUCUGCAUGCAGUAGCACUGCAGCCGGGGGCUAAGGUUGGCGUACUCGAUGCUGUGGAUGUGCUUGAGCUGCGAUAUCAGCGCACCCAGGCCGUCCAGGUCGCCGUCGUUGUUCCAGCUCUCCGCCAAGGCUAUGUCCUCAUCGUCCUGCGUGUCAGGCGCCCCACCCUCUCCCUCCCCGCCCCCGCCCCCCUCACCACAACCACCAUCACCGCCCGUCUGCGUCUCCUUGGAGCCGCUCUUGUCCUUCUUCUUGUCGCCUCCCUCGUCGCCCUCCUUGCUGAUGAAGGGUGGGAGGGGUGCGGGCGGCAUGGGCUGGUGGUUGGUCUGGAUCUCCUGCAGCAGUGCCGUCCGCAUGCCGUUGAUCCGCAGCCGGCGCACCAUCGGCAUCGCCGACCUGCCCAGGAACGCCGGGCUCUCGUGGUUCUCGUUGAGCGUCACCGACACGUUGCGCAGCGCGGGGAAGUCGAUCUGUCGGUCGAGCGCCGCGAAGGCUGCGUUGAGGUCCGCUGCCGGGUCGUAUGUGUUCAUCGCCGCCACCUGUGGAUUGGCGGCUUGGGGCGGGGGGUCUGGUGAGGGGGAGGUGAUGUCGAAUCGUCUCAGGUUGGGGGCGAUGUGGCGGAGGAACCGGGGGAACGGGUGGGCGGGGCGGAGGGCGAACCAGCCGGUGCGACGCGGACCUGGCGGACAGGACACGACGCCACACGAGGAUCAGACGACACAAUGGUUCUUUGCACCCGACACACAUGUGUCUGUGUUGACUUGCUGUCUGGCUUGUCUUACCAACGGUGAACGACUCGACUUUGAGUGUGCAUUUGUUGUUGCUGGCGAGGAAGCCCAGGAGCGGGUCGACGUCGAGGCAGUUCUUCAUGGUGAGGUACGGGAUGUGGAGUGCGCGAAUGGGCGGGCGCUUGGCCACCAGCAGCUCGCUCAGCCGGCGGACGUCGUUGGCCUCCCACAGGAAGCUGCUGAGCACCAACUCGAUCAGGCCGUUCAGGUGCGGUAACGCCAACAAACGGUUAGGGAUCUGAAUCAACGGAGAUAUCACACACACCACACCACACCACAACACACCAAGUCGGCCAAUGCAUCCGCCCCUCCGACCAGAUCCGUCUGUGUGUGCGUGGGUAUGGAUAGACGUACCUGUUUGCUAUGUCCGGUGAGUUCGAUGCGCUUAACCUUCCCCGACUGGCGGAGGAAAGCCAGGUCGGGUGCGGCCUUCUGCGCUUCCACCUGGAAGCCCUUGAGGCUGCUGUGGUAGCGCACCUUGACGUCGUCUACCUCGGGGCACUCCCACAGCCGCGUCACGUUGCUGAAGUCCUCAAACCCCGUCAGAUCCACCUUCUUGAGCGCCGUGAACCGGACCUUCACGGCCGCCGGGAUCACCUCGUCGGCUUCUACGUCCACGAACUCGGGCUCGUCGGGCUUGUGCUCAUUCACACCACCUGCCUGUGCCGCGGCCUGGCCCUGCCCCUGCUGCUGCUGCCCCUGCUGCUGCUGUUGGUGCUGGUGCUGGUGUGGGGGGGCUGGGCCUGCGAUGAUGAGUCCGGCGGUGAUGGCGGCGUCGACCUGAUCGGCACCCUGCUGCUGGAGUGCCCGGACGGCUGGUGAGUCCUCCUUGAUUGAGUUGAUCUUGAGUGUCUGGAGUGCGGUGGCGGCGGUCUCGACGAGGGGCCGCAGCUGGUGGCACUGGGGGUACCAGGGGCGGGGGAUGCGCUCGAUGGUGAUCUCACGACAGGCACGCAGACGGCUGGCCAGCUGCAGGAGCUGGUGGUUGCUCAUGCGACCCCACAUCGACUCCUCACCUAAAUGAGUACACAACACAACCAACAAUCACAUACAACACAACACAACACAUGCACCCACCAUUUCCCCCUCCGUGGCUGUGUGUUGUGUAGUGUAAGGUGUGUGGUGCAUCUGCUUGCUAUGGUUGCUGACCCUUUAUGACGAGUUUCUGGACGGUGUAUGGGCUGCAGCUAUGCUCCCUGAAGCACCGGUUGACCCUCCCCGCCACACCCACCAGCUCCACCGGCAGGUAGUGGAAGAACAUGAUGAACACGUCCGUCGGCACCAGGUGGAACGCGAAGGACUGCCCUCCGCCAGCACCAACCGCCUCCUUCCCGAUCUCCGCCACGGCCGCAAACACGUCAUCGUCCUCACCGUCACCCUCCUCCCCCUUGCGGCGCUGUUUGGUUGGCUGCUGAUGGGCCUGCCGCUUGUCGUUGCCCCGCCCCUUGCGCUUCGGCUCUGGCAGAGGGGCGGGGGGUGGGAUGGGGUCCUCGGAUGGCAGACGGCCGCGACGAGGGUUGCGGCGGGGCAACACACGACGAGCUUCAGACAUG